GUGGUCUCUGUGUAUCAGACAGAGCUGAAAUCCAGCCUGAGAGAGAAGUUUAAAAGAAUUAAUGAAGGAAUAUCAGAGCAUGGAAGCUCAGCACUUCUGAAUGAGAUCUAUACAGAGCUCUACAUCACAGAGGGUUGGAGUGGAGAUGUCAAUAAUGAACAUGAGGUGAGACAGAUUGAGACAGCGUCCAGGAGACCAGCAACACAGGAGAAACCCAUCAAAUGUAAUGAGCUCUUUAAAGACAAAUCCAUCAGAAGAGUGCUGACUAAAGGAGUUGCUGGAAUUGGAAAAACGGUCUCUGUGCAGAAGUUCAUUCUGGACUGGGCUGAAGGAAAAGCAAAUCAGGACGUCACCUUCAUGUUUCCACUUCCCUUUCGAGAGCUGAAUCUGAUGAAGCAGAGAAAUCUCAGUCUGAUGGAGCUUCUUCAUCACUUUUUCCCAGAAAUGAGAGAACUAGAAUUACUAGACUCCUACACAGUGGUGUUGAUCUUUGAUGGUCUGGAUGAGUGUCGACUUCCUCUAAAUUUCCAGAAGAAUGAGAGAUUGUGUGAUGUGACAGAGUCAGCCUCGGUGGAUGUGCUGCUGACAAACCUCAUCAAGGGGAAUCUGCUUCCCUCUGCUCUCCUCUGGAUAACCUCUAGACCAGGAGCAGCCAAUCAGAUCCCUCCUGAGUGUGUAGGCCAGGUAACAGAGGUACGAGGCUUCAGUGAUCCUCAGAAAGAGGAGUACUUCAGGAAGAGGAUCAGUGAUCAGAGCCUGGCCAAUAAAAUCAUCACACGCAUGAAGUCUUCAAGAAGCCUCUACAUCAUGUGCCACAUCCCAGUCUUCUGCUGGAUCUCAGCCACUGUUCUAGAGAGAAUGUUGGGUGAAGCAGAGAGUGGAGAGGUCCCCAAGACUCUGACUCAAAUGUUCACACACUUCCUGAUCUUUCAGAUCAAACACAAGGACCAAAAGUACCAUCAGAAAUGUGACCCUGAUCCUCAGCAGACCAGAGAGAGUAUCCUGGCACUGGGGAAACUGGCUUUCCAACAGCUGGAGAAAGGAAACCUGAUCUUCUAUGAGGAAGACCUGAGAGAGUGUGGCAUUGAUGUUGGAGAAGUGGCAGUGUACUCAGGAGUGUGUACCCAAAUCUUCAGAGAGGAGUUUGGGCUUCACCUGGGGAAGGUGUUCAGCUUUGUACAUCUGAGUGUUCAGGAGUUUCUGGCUGCUUUAUACACAUUUCUCUGCUUCAUCAGCAGAAAUGUAACAGAACAACAAACCACUGAUCUGUCUGAUCUUUUCAGAAAGUCAGACAUGUCUGAUUUCCUCAGGAGUGCAGUGGACAAGGCCUUACAGAGUGAGAAUGGACACCUGGACCUGUUCCUCCGCUUCCUUCUGGGUCUCUCACUGGAGUCCAAUCAGGCUCUCUUAUGAGGCUUAAUGCCCCAGACAGGAAGCAGCUCUCACAGCAAACAGGAAACAGUCGAGUACAUCAAGGAGAAGAUCAGGGAGAAUCCAUCUCCAGAGAAAUCCAUCAAUCUGUUCCACUGUCUGAAUGAACUGAAUGAUCAUUCUCUAGAGCAGGAAGUACAGACUUACCUGAACAGAGGAGGUUACAAUCGUCUCAGUGGAACCAGACUCUCUCCUGCUCAGUGGUCAGCUCUGGUGUUUGUGUUACUGAACUCAGAUCAGGAGCUGGAUGAGUUUGAUUUGAGGAAAUUUGACCGAUCAGAGGAAUGUCUUCUGAAGCUGCUGCCAGUGGUCAAAGUGUCCAGAAAAGCUGAUCUAUGUUGGUGUAAUCUAACAGAAGAAAGCUGUAAAGUUCUGUCCUCAGUUCUCAGCUCAAACUCCUCCAGACUGAGAGAACUGGACCUGUGUAACAAUAACCUGCAGGAUUCAGGAGUGAAGCUGCUCUCUUCUGGACUGGAGAACCCACACUGUACACUGGAGAU